AUGUCGCCAUUAAAGGCGUCGCCACCGAAAGGCGUAUGGCCACCAAAAAGUGGGUCGCCACCAAAAAGCGCUUCGCUACCGAAAAACGAAUCGCCACCGAAAAGCGUAUCGCCACCAAAAACUGUAUCGCCACCAAAAACUGCAUCGCCACCAAAAACUGCAUCGCCACCAAAAAGUGCGUCACCACCGAAGAGUGCUUCGCCACCCAAAAGUGCAACGCCACCAAAGAAGGUACCUCCUCCAUUAAAGGCCGAUGCCAACCUGAAGGAAUCUCCUGUAUUUAAAGCUCUCACUUCUCCGCCAUUCAAGAGAGAAUCGCCGAUUUUAAAGAAUGAGCCGUUACAAUUGAAAACAUCGUCAUCCACUUCAGUUAGUGAAGUGUCCCCUAUUUUAAAGAAAGAACAUUCAUUACCUACAAAGAAAGAAAUCGUUACAUCGCCUCCCGCAUUUAAGUUAAACAGAAGUGAUUCAAAAACUGAGGCAAAUAGCAUUCCACUUAAAGUGAUAAAAAAUGAUGCCAUAGAAGUCAAGGAAAGUCAUAUUAAAACAGAAAAUAUAUCUAUUGCCCCGCUUAAUGAAACUGUGAAGACAACUGUAGAAAAUUCAGAUGUUGAAAAUAAAAAUAAUGACAAUGCAAAUAAAUUGGAAGAGUCAAAUGGGGUCGGGGAUAAAAUUAGAAAGUUCGAGAAGGCGGCAGAAGAUGCAAGUGCUAAUGUAGGUAAAUUGUCUAGACCGGGCUCGGUGCGCGGGAGACCUAGGACCGAGCGCCUCGGUUCUGAUAGUAAAGAGGAGUUCCCACCGCCAGCAACGCCAUUCAAAGAUAAUGUAUUCUUUGAGCUGAGUGCACAAAGUGGGAAAAACACGCCAACAGAAGGGAAUCAUACAACCCUAGAGCGCCAGCACAGUAUAACUAGAAACUCGGUUAAUUUACUAAAAUGGCAGAAAAGUGAAAGCAAUUCUAUUGAAGGUGAUAAAGUCUUACAGAAACCGGAACCCCAAAAGAUAAUAAAACCGGAAUUCAAACCGAUGCCAUCUCCUGUCGAUGUGACCAUCAGGUCGCCUAGUCUAGGAAUUAAAAUUCCCGAACAGUUCCCGUCGCAGGGCACCGCCUUCCGUAACGUGGCGCCGCUCGACACAGCCCGCGCUAGAGACAUACACAAGAUCAACGAAGACACACAGAAUAAUUUUAAAACAUGCAAAUUUAAAAACAAAGAGAAAUACGCCGUUAGUAAAGGAUCCAGCUACUUCACACGGGGCUCUGAAGAAAUAUGGCUGGUUAAGAAAAAAGAUAUAGAGGAAAUCGAGGAGAGAGUAUUAGAUUCGUUCCGUAGAGCCGGGGGGACUUUAUGCGGGAGGAGUGAAUCGAUGCGUCCAUCUUCCGAUAGUGGACAGAGUGCGUCCUUUUCGCACGCCACUAUGGGAAGGAAUAAACGUCAGAUGUACGUUAGAAGCGAGUCCUGUGAUCCGCAGUGGGCGGGAACUAGAUCACAGACAUUGAAACGUCAAUCAUCAGUUGCUUGUACUUGUGGUCAUGAUAAGAAGACGCGAGCUAAGAGCGCUGGUGCGGAGGCGAACCCUCGUCCGCGCUCUCGUUCACACAGUGAUGAGAAUAAUCAAUGCCACGUCCUGGAUAAAUACGAAACCCUCGUAUAG